UCUGUGUUUAACAUUUGAGAUUUGCAAUUUUGUUCAUGGUUCUAGGUCGAUUUUGAAGCAUUUUUAACUAAGACCCUGCUCUUUAAUGUGAACUAACCAAAUGAGCCGGCUCACAAAUACUCGAAAGGCUCAUCCCUAACGAACUCGAGCGGGAAAUACAUCUUAUUUUAGCUGCAUUCACCAUACAGUGUUAGAAGGCAUCGAAACGGCUGCAGGGUGUCAUGUAAAAAGUUACAACAUGCCGUCACGAUCUGAACGCCUCGGAACUAAUUUCACGCUGGGAAGAUUUUUAGCACGGACCUUUUUAACAUGACACAGUCGAUUGACUGAUCUACAAAUCACCUUGCAUCAAAUAACAGCUCAUUAUUUGUUGAUCAGUCAGACAAAUUACCCAUGAUACAUUGCAGUUUUGAUCCUCGCACACGGCUGUUGCAUUCAUACAACGCCCAGCUACGGUGCGCAGAUCACAGGUGUCCCAGUCUGCUCUGUGGUCAGGAUGGGGGUGAAGGAGCGUCCUCAGUGCUACUUUGAUGUGGAGAUCAACAGAGAACCAGUUGGACGUAUAGUCUAUCAACUGUUCUCCGAUGUCUGUCCCAAGACUAGCAAAAACUUCCUCAGUUUGUGCACUGGUGAGAGAGGAACUGGGAAAAGCACAGGGAAAAAGCUGUGUUUUAAAGGCUCCACAUUUCACAGAGUUGUAAAGAACUUCAUGAUACAGGGAGGAGACUUCACAGAGGGCAAUGGAAGAGGAGGGGAAUCCAUAUAUGGAGGCUACUUUGAAGACGAGAACUUUAUUCUCAAACACGACCGAGCUUUCCUGUUGUCCAUGGCCAACCGCGGCAAACACACCAACGGGUCCCAAUUCUUCAUAACCACCAAGACAGCACCUCAUCUCGAUGGGGUCCAUGUGGUGUUUGGCUUGGUCAUCUCAGGCUUUGAGGUGAUCAAGAGGAUUGAGGGUCUGAAGACGGACGGAGCCAGCAGGCCGUACGCUGAUGUUAGGGUUAUGGACUGUGGUCAGCUCAUCACUAAGUCAGCCAACGAUGUUCUGGAAGGAAAGAGGAAGCGGCGGUCGCAUUCUGCAGACUCCUCCCUCAGUUCUCCUGGCUCCUCUCAGUUCUCCUCUCUGGAGUCUGGGAGUGAAUCUGAGGAGAAGCACCACCAUCACAGGCGAAAGAGACACUCCAAGAGCAAACGCUCCAAGAAGAGGAGGAGAGAGAGGGAGGUGAAGAGAGAGGGUCACACUGACAGGGUGGAGCCUGGUCUAAAGGGCCCUGUGGAUGGAGGGAUGGUGGCGGUAGCUGUGGAGGAGGAGGGUGGAGGGAAGGAGCAGAGUGGUUUGAAGAGAGAGAAACCAGUAGUUCGUCCAGAGGAGAUCCCUCCUGUUCCUGAGAACCGCUUCCUAUUGAGGAGAGACCAGCCGGGUCAGGAGGACCAACCAGACACAACUAAGUCAGAGGUCUCCUCCCUUCCCAAUGACCUGAAGCAGUCAGUCACCAAGUCUGGACGCAAGAUCAAAGGCAGAGGGACAAUGAGGUACCACACCCCGACGUGCUCUAAGUCGCACUCGGCUUCGGAGGAGGAGGGACAAGGAAGCAGCGAAACCCCGCCCCACUGGAAGGAGGAAAUGCAGAGAACCAAGACCUACCAGCCACCCAGCGUAGAGAGAUGGAGCCGAGGAGACAAAUUGAAUGACCGUUGUUCCUGCAGAUGGGAGGGAGACCGCAGCAGGAGUGACUCCCCAUGGUCCCAGUCCCCGGAGUGCUCCUCAGGCCACAGCACUGACCGCUCCAGCCAGCCCCGCCCACACAGGAAGGAGAAGAAGAAAGCCAAGCGCAAGAAGGCCAAGAGACGCAAACAUGCCAAGAGACAAAAGAAGGAGUCCACCAAGAGCAAAGAGCCCAAACAGUCGCCCGUCCGAGAGGGUCAUUGGACAAAUCCUGGUGAUAUUGAGAGAAGGUCCCUCUCAGUGUCCCGGACCCCUUCCGCCCACAGACGCUCCCUCAGAAAGCAGUGCUCCGGGUCGGGCAAGCGGCAUCACUCCUCCCCUUCAUCCAGAGACUCCAGUUCCUACACACCUAGCCGCUCCAGAUCCAGGGGCAGGUCUGUGUCUUACUCCCAGUCCAGGAGUCUGUCUCACUCCAGAAGCAGGUCUCUAUCUAUGUCAAGGUCCACAUCCAGGUCUCGAUCCAGAUCCCGGUACAGAUCCAGGUCCAGGUCUUUGUCCCGGCUCAGGAGGAGAAAGGCAACCAGAUCCUCCAAAAAAUCCAAGAUGGCUGACGUCAGCAGGCUAAAGCCAGACGCCUCAGCCGCAGGGACAGUGAAGGGUGUAGACACCAAAGCCACAGCCCUCCCUGCCACCCCAGCCCCUGAGAACGCCCCUGUCAUACCCAUGAGUGACAGCCCCCCUCCCUCACGCUGGAAGCCCGGCCAGAAACCAUGGAAACCCUCCUACGUCCGAGUCCAGGAGGUCAAGACCAAGACGACCCCAGCCUGCCUGUCCCCCAUAGGCCCCACAGCCCCCAGUACAUCUGAUAACCACCCAGAUAACUCCCACCUGGAAAAGAGCCGUGGCUCUAAGAGCCACAGACACCAGAGACGAUCACCCAGCGGCUCCUACAGGAGCAGGUCCUACAGCCGGUCUCACAGUCACUCCAGGAGUCACUCCCGGUCCAGGAUACGGUCACCAGGUCCCUACUACAGCAGAUCCUCCUCCUACAGCAGGUCAGACUCCUAUGACUCUCACAGGAGAGGCCUAGACAAGACCUUAGACAAGACUAUAGACAAGGGCUGGAAACAGUACUACAGCUCUCUGAAGCGGAUCAAGAACCUGGAUAAGUACCUCAAAGCGCCUGACUCCCAGAUCAACAUGUUUUCAUCUGACUCUGAGGACGGAACAGCCAGCGAACACAGUCCUGGGCCCAGGCAGAAUGGCUCCAAGGGACCAAAGCUCUUUGGCAUCUUAUCAGAAGACCGACGUCAUCAGGAAACGGAAGCAAAAAGUCUGAAACCAAACCAAAAGUCCUUGGAGGAACCCAGCAGUAGGUCAGAGUGGGACAGUGACGGGGAUAAACUAGGCAGAAAGACCAGCCUGGUGAACAACCAGAAGCCUGAUGUUAGGUCAGCAGAGAUUCCUGACCAGAGACUAGCAGCUCUCGCUGGGUGGGACUCUGAGAGCGACUCUGAGAAGGUGCUGCCCAAGAUGGCCACCACCGAGCCCAAGGUCUUCCUGUCAGAGAAGGAGGAGGGCGAGGCCAGCUCCGAGUCAGAACAUGAACACCAUGUACGGUCACACAGCAAGAUGAACAAAGCCCCUGGAACCUCUGUGUUGCUGCUUCCUGCACCUGUACAUAAUGCCACCCCAUUGGAGGGGAGCCCUGAGAAGAGCCCCGAGGCAGAGAGACACAAGAGCAGGAAGAAGAACAAACGUAAACACAAACGCAAGAGGAGGAGCUCUGCCAAGUCUGGCUCCCACAGGUCAAAGGUCAAGUCAAAGCGGUCCAAGAGGAAACACCAGAAGCUGAAGGAGACAUUCCACUGGCAGCCGCCAAUGGAGUUUGGAGAGGAUGAGGAGGAGGAUGAGUCCCAGAAAGAGAAACGUCUGGAGCAAAAACAUACUGCUGUAAAGGAUAGUCCUCAGAGAGCUGUCAGGGGAAGACCUGGCAAAUCCCCAUGUCUGGAAAAGGAGGACAAGGAGAGAAGUCCUGCUUCACCCAACAGAAACAGUUCAGUACAGCCAAUGCCUCACAGCGUGGAAGAUGCAGCAGAGAUUACCAAAGAACUGAAAGCUAAACCAAUUGCCAACUCGAACCCAAAACACUCAAAACCUCAGGACCUCACUGCUAACCUGCCAAAGAUGGAUCAGCCAGAGAUGGUAGACGAUAUGGAGAUCUGCACCCCAGAACAUGACCUCCCUGACCCCACUACCGAGCCACCAGGCCUUCCGGGCCAACAGGCACCAGAUAUCAGUCUGAAAACACUGUCUCCUCUGAGUCGCUCCUUAAAGAAGGGAGACGUGUUUCUCUCACCUGUUAAAGAUCCACAGUGUACAGCAUCUCUGCCAGCUGUGAUGCUAGCUAGUGGGGAGCAGCAGGAAACUGCAGCAGGCAGAGCCGCUGGUCCUCCUGUCGACCCUAAAUGGAAGCCUCUAAAGGGGAUGGCUGCUCUGCAAGCCCUGAACCCAAACCCCUCCUCCCUGGCUCGUCUGCUCCCCACCAGACUCCCGGAGCACAGUGGGCCCCGGACCCAGCCCCAGGAAGGCAUCAGGCCCCAGGGCAGCAGGACCCAGAGCCAAGGCGGGAGGACCCAGGGGGGAGUCAGCAUCCAGAUCAAGAGCCAGAGCCGGGUGCGUCCGGGGUCGCUGUUCGACGAGGUACGGAAGACGGCCAGACUGAACCAGAGGCCCAGGAACCAGGACAGCAGUUCCAGUGAGGAGAGGUCUCAGUCUGCAGCUGGAGCCGGGGGAGGGGCCACGGAGAAGGAGCAGGGAAGCAGGAGGUCCCGGUCGGGGUCUAGCCCCUCCCACAGGUCCAGGUCCAGAGGAAGAUCCCCCUCCUCCAGCCGCUCCAGGAAUAGAUCGCGCUCCUCCAGCUACUCCUCCAGGAGUCGGAGCAGGAGCAGGAGGAGGUAUCCCAGAGGGCGCUCCCAGUCCCGCAGCAUCACCUACCGCAGCUACAACAGUCAUAGUCGGACCUAUAGUAGAAGUAAUUCCAGAAGCCGUUCUUAUGAUCGACGCAGGAGAUCCAGGUCUGACUCCUAUGACACUUACUCCAGUCGGAGUCGUAGCCGCAGCUCCAGCAGGAGGCGUGGGAGAAGGAGUGAUAGCUACAGGAGCUCCAGGUCUUACCACUCCUCUAGUCGCAGCUCCUCCCGACACUGGAGUCACAGUGGAAGAUACAGUUGAGCUGGAUCAUGUCUGUUACCGUCUCUGUCCUGAUGAUUCAUGAGUCUGUUUCUGUCCUGAUGAUUCAUGAGUCUGUUUCUGUCCUGAUGAUUCAUGAGUCUGUUUCUGUCCUGAUGAUUCAUGAGUCUGUUUCUGUCCUGAUGAUUCAUGAGUCUGUUUCUGUCCUGAUGCUUCAUGAGUCUGUUUCUGUCCAGAUGCUUCAUAUGGGUUGAUCUGGUUCAUGAUUCUGUCUCUGUCCUAGUGAUUCAUGUGGGUUGCUCUGGUUCAGGAGUCAGUUUCUGUCCUGGUGAUUCCUGUGGGUCUAUACAGCUAUCAUGCCUACUCCCUGUCACUCAGUGUAAUACCGAACUGGACAAGAGUACAAACAGAUCUGGGACCAGGCAUGCCUCCUUUUGUUCUCUCAUCUUCUAUUGGGAACUUAUUUGGUUACUUCUUAUAUAGAGGGAAAAGUAAUGACCUGUAUGUCAUUUGUGUGGCUAUCAGAAAGCACCCCUUGACUUAUUCCACAUUUUGUUAGAACCUGAAUUCAAAAUUGAUUAAUUAUCUAUUUUCUCUCACACAUCUGCACACAAAACCCUCUAAUGACAAAGUGAAAACAUGUUUUUAGACAUUCUUGCUAAUUAAUUGAAAGUUAAAUAGAGAAAUAUCUCCUUUAUGUAAGUAUUGACAUUUUUUUUUUUUUUUUUAAAACCUUUAUUUAACUAGGCAAGUCAGUUAAGAACAAAUUCUUAUUUACAAUGAUGGGUUUGAACUUGCAACCUUCCGGUUACUUGUCCAACGCUCUAACCACUAGGCUACCCUGCCGC